AUGUCUCACUAUCCCGUCCCUCCGCGUCGGUCACCAGCAACGAGAUCCAUCCAGCUCACGAGCUACACCGAGGACACGUCCCCUGUGGACUAUAUUUGCGCACUCGAGCGUACCGCUGGGCGUAUACAACGAGCGGCAGUCCAGCUGCAAAACCCCCGACAAGCCGAGCAAGCGGCAUCCCCACCGCUUGCUCAUUACCCACCCUCCUAUUCCAACAAUAACCAACCCGCUGCAGCGUGGACCCUCAAGCUCGAAUUUACGACCCCAGAGGCUGCCAGUACUGCGUAUGCUGCGGUUGCCGAGUCUAUCACCACCAAUUCGACGUCUUCUCCAGUGACGAGCCCGUACCCGAUGGUGCCGGGAGGGUUUGUCACCGCUGAGCGCCUGUCGUGUUUUGUAUUGGAGGAUGGCGAUAUCUUCGUCAACCCCCGAGAUCUGACAAAUAUUGCUCGGGGUGAUUGGUCUGCUCCAACCCACCAUGCCCAGAGUGGUUCUCUAUCUUCCAAUUCUCUAGCGCCUACACAAUCUUUACCAAUUGCUGCGCCUGUGGGCGCCCAGCCUUCAACAAGAUAUUCACGCGGAGAUGUACUUAACUCCGCCAGUCCUUCUACUACGGCCUAUUCGACUCUCCGUACCGGAAACAGCAGCACAUUGUAUUCGCAAAUGAAUAAUGGGAUGGCUCUUGGCCUCGGGUAUGAAGGUGGACAUGUGCGCGCGUACAGCUUUAGCUCUGAGGACGGCGGGUAUACAUCGAGCAGCAGCAGUCUUGUCUCAUCAACCACUGCGUCUUCGAACGAGAGGACAAGUCCAUACUUGAGCCAUUUACGUUCCGCAUCUUCAUCUUUGGACACGGGCUUUGGUGGGCCUUAUGGUCAUAUCGGAUACACCGUAGGAAACUCUGGAAGGUUUGCAAUGGGGGAUCGCGGAGUAUCGAUUCAAACACCUGGAGUUUUGGACGACUUUGACGCGCUGGCGCUCAGUAUGUCGAACCUGGACGUCGCGACCCCUAUCGCGGGCACGAACAAACAACCAGCACCGUGGCAGCUCGACAUCGAUCUAGACAGGGAUGAGCCACGCAGAAAGGAGACUCUGAAGCCUGCACCUACCCCGAUCGUUUCGGCUGAGGAAAAGGAUUCCGUGAAUCAACCUGCUACGACUACGACGUUCGCUUCACGCUCGGCAGUUGCGUCGUAUUCGGGUGCACUACGCAAGAGUCUCCCAAACGAAACGACGAACAAGAACUCUCCGGUUGUGAAUGUUUCGAAGACGAGUACGGUGGCUCACCAUCAUCAUCACCACAGCGAUGCACGAAGCGAGUCUUCGAGCACGACGACACAUACUAAACAUUCAACGUCGUCUUCAUCCUCUACGAAAUCUCGCCUGGCUAACACUGCCCACCACUCAAACUCUAGCCCUGGCGCCCGUAAUAACGCAUCCCAUCCGUCCUCUGGGACCCAUCACCGCAAGGCACCGAGACAGGAUAAACGCCUGUAUGCAACGGAUCCACACCAAGGCCCACGGCCGACCGACUGGAUGCUGUCCCCGGAAACGCUCGCUUCCCGCGAAGCGCGCGACGCGCGCUUUGCAGAGAUUGUCAAGCUGGGUCUCGCCAAGGGGAGGACGAAAGCCGGAUGGGCACAGGCAAGAAGGCCGGGGAAACGGGAUCGAGAUGCGGCAAAGGCGAAGUUGAGGGAGAUGGAAGAAGAGAAGGAACGUGAGAGGUUGAGGGCGCUCCUGGGCGAAGAUGAGAAGAAACUGACGACGGCAUAA